AUGGCUGAACGACCACGAUUCCAAGUGCCUGAUGGCAAGGCAGCCAAAGUGAGCAUCAUUGACUCUACACUGCGCUUUUCCAGAAUGCCUCUGUCACACCUCAUGAAACCAGCAAUGGAUGGCAUGGAAAUGAUGCCUGUGGUAACGACGUGGUCCUUUUUGGUUGAAAGCUCUUCCGGCAAGAAAGCACUCUUUGAUCUUGGGGUGCCCAAAAAUCCGCUGGAAAACUUCUCCCCGACGUGGGUUAAGAUGAUUACGGAGUAUAACCUGGGCGUGGAGGUGUCCCAGAAUGUCGCCGACAUACUCAAUGAUCACGGUGUGCAGCCUUCAGAGAUUGAUAGUGUGAUUUGGAGUCAUCACCAUUUUGACCACAUCGGAGAUAUAACGACCUUCCCUGGUUCAACGGAACUCGUGGCUGGCCCAGGUUUCAAGGAGGCAUUCUGUCCAGGAUAUCCAGCAAAUCCCGAUUCACCAUUGCGUGAGGUAGAUUUCGAAGGACGGCACUUUAGAGAAAUCAGCUUCGAGGAGUCGCCUCUUCAGGUUGGUCCUUUUCGAGCUUUCGACUUCUUCGGCGAUGGCUCCUUUUACCUUCUGGACACGCCUGGCCAUGCCGUCGGUCACUUAGCAGGCCUUGCUCGUACAACAGCUAAACCCGACACCUUCAUCCUCAUGGGUGGCGAUCUAUGUCACCACGGCGGCGAGAUUCGCCCGUCGCAAUAUCUGCCUUGCCCGCAGGAUCUGUCUGAGCACUUAUCAUUAUCCGACUCCCUCCGCCUACGUCUCUCUCAGUGCCCAGGUAGUGUGUUCGACAACCUAAAUGUCAAGCGUGGACGCAAGCCCGGCGAGACAUUCUUUGACCCCGCGAUCGGCGUUGAUAUAGAACAAGCUAUACAAACAAUCAAGGAUGCACAGCAAGUAGAUGCGCAAGAUAAUGUCUUCUUCGUCCCUGCUCACGACAUGUCUGUUGCCGGUAUCAUAGAUGAGUUUCCCAAAAACGCAAACGAUUGGAAAGCAAAAGGGUGGCGCGAGAAGACGUUUUGGAAGUUCCUAGAGGAUUUCGAGACUGCCAUUUCAACAAAUGAGGUUUUAGGUGAAAGAUAG